AUGACUCCGCAAGGCAUUAUCGCAAAAGAGCGCGUUUUAGUGCACGUUGGACGAACUCGGCUACGAGUUGGUAGCAACCGCGUACAAGAACACGAAGCAUUCAAGUUGAUCGUACAUCCGGAAUACAACGUCAACCGUAUUCAACACGAUAUCGCUCUGAUAAAGCUGGCAACCGACAUAACCUACACCGACUAUAUCCAACCAGUUUGCUUGUGGAAUCGUGGCGAAGAUCUGAACGCGAUCGUUGGUACUUGGGGUACGGUGAUCGGAUUCCGUAGAGAUGAGACCGGUAAUGUUUCCAACACUCUGUGUGAAGCAAGUAUUCCCGUCGUUAGCCAUAUCACCUGCAUCGAAAGCAACCGAGAAGUGUUUGCCUAUCAGCUUACCUCGAAUAUGUUAUGUGCUGGUAAACGUGAUGGGAUCAGUACUUGUAACGGAGACAGCGGAGGAGGUUUAUUCUUCAAGUACAACGAUGUCUGGUACAUUCGCGGUGUGGUGUCUUUCACGAAGCCUGACGAAAAUACGCGGAUAUGUGACACGAAGGAAUACACCGUGUUUACUGAUGUGGCGAAGUACUUGAAAUGGAUCGAGCAGCACAAAUCGUCCGUGCGGCUGGGAGAGUACGAAAAGAAUAGCCUGUUCCCGGACUGUGUCAUGGUGCAUGGACAAAAGGUUUGUUUGCCGUCGGAUCAAUUAUUAAGCAUCGAGACGGUUAUCACACACCCGUACUACAACAAUGAAAAUUUGGAAAAUAAUAUUGCACUUAUCCGACUACGACACCGAGCGGACACCAGUCAGAGCAAUGUGAAACCGAUCUGCCUUGCUGUGACCAAUAAACUUUUUGAUUUUAAGAUACCUUUUAGCCAAGCUUUUGCUUAUGGUACUAGUUAUGGCCGUAUCAUGUAUGAUAAUUAUGCUGAAAUUUGCCAGUGCACCGAGGAAGAAACUACAAGUCAGAUAUGUGCCGUGCAGGAAUUCAGUCACGGCAAUAUCACAGAAACAUUCGGUGCUCCGUUACAGUAUUCAAAAGACGGAAAAUAUAUUUUAUUGGGAGUGUUAUCGCACAUAAAUCCGACGUGCAUAAAUCCGACGUCAAUACCGGAAGUGUACACGAACGUGACCAACCACGUGGAUUGGAUUCUAGAAAACAUACAAGAGUAG